CCCGAACGUCCGAAGGGAUUCAAAGGGAUAGUUCAUCUCAUCAAGAUCACUUAUUCGAAAUUGUAUUCUAUUUCUCUUUCCACAUAGGCUAAGUAACCCGAGAUAAUUCAUCUUUGUCCCGAGGGAUUCUUUCUUUGGAAGCUUUCUGCAGGCGAUAUGAUCUAGCCUGGGAGAUGUCUCCCCGCCCGGCUUUAUUUACUGCGACGCGCUUACAGACGGCGACCUACCUGCUCGCUGUCUGUCUGUUCUCCAUCGCAUUUCUUGUUUUCGUUAAUGCAUCGAUUUCAUUUGUCGUUACUGAUCUAAUUGGCCGUCACCAUGGAGUAGGAGAUGCUGUUGGCACGCUGGGGUUCGCAGAUGAGCUGCUGGCGCUGGUAGCCUGCCCCGCGUGGGGGAUGUUGUCGGAUCGCAUCGGAGUUCGCUGGGUCUGUACAACGGGUUAUGCAAUCGUGGCCUUGUCCCUGUUUGUUUUCGUCCAGGCGAAAAAUGUCUACCCGCAGUUGCUCCUGGGUAGAUUGCUUUUCAGUGUCGGAGGUGCUGCAGUAGCUACAAUGGUGACGGCGACAUUACCGUCUGUAUCAGGAGGAUCGGCCACUUGGAGUGCAGGAAGACAACCCACGGGUCCAGGAUGCAGGACCUCGAUGUCAUCGGAACUGACCGUUACCCCCGUGCGGUACGUACGCAGUACGUCGCGGGACGGAGAAGUCAGAAUCGAAGGGAAACCAUCCUCCUCAAGGCUCGCAGGAUUCGUUGGAAUGUUCACUGGAUGUGGUGCGCUGGUCGCUCUGAUGCUCUUCCUUCCCCUCCCGGCUCGAUUCGAAAAGAUGGGCUUGUCUCCGCCCGAGGCCAUUCAGCGCAGUUACUACGUCGUCGGAUCGAUAGCACUUCUAGUUUCCCUGGUCUGUUUUAUAGGCCUUCGAAACCUACAUGGUGACGAAGGUAAAGGGUGGAGAUCUCUUGGUUGGACAUACGGGCCCUAUUCAGAGGACGGUGUGCAGGAUGGGGAACGGUCUUCGGCCGUCCAUACUCGACCACUAUCGUACUUCAACCAGCUCAGUAGUGCAUUUAUCUUAGGAUUUAGGCACACCAACAUCACCCUGGGUUACUUGGGGGGAUUUGUCGCUCGCGCUUCCUCCGUGGGGAUCUCACUUUUUGUCCCACUCUUCGUUAAUCACUAUUAUAGGGAGUCGGGACUUUGUCGUGAAGACCCGUCCGUGUUGUCCGAACCAGAUAUGGGAGAUAUCAAGAAAUCCUGCCCGAAAGCAUAUAUUCUUGCUUCCAUCCUGACCGGCGUUUCACAGCUGAUCGCUUUAAUAUGCGCACCGGCAUUUGGCUUUCUAUCUGAAAAGUCACGCAAUUACAACCUACCGCUUCUGUUCGCUGCAUGUGCUGGUGUCAUCGGCUACGUUGCUUUCGCACUCUUGCCGAGUCCGCGUUAUGACGGCCCACAGGGGAACUUGGCAGUUUUCCUGGUCAUGGCGUUGAUCGGUAUCAGCCAAAUAGGUGCAAUCGUCUGCAGUCUGGGUGUGCUCAGCAACGGUGUGCUACAUAUUGAUUCUCGGCAAGCGUUUCAAGACCGGUCGGGAUCGGAAGCAGAACGAGCGCCGGGAAACGGCAGCACCUCCAGCGGACCAGAGCGUGUUCCGAAUGAAGAGGAGCCCCUCCUCGGCAAGCCGUCUGAGCGCCAAUUUAAAGAUCUUCAGCAUCUCAAAGGGUCGAUUGCCGGUAUGUAUUCUCUUUACGGCGGUGCUGGCAUCCUUAUCCUUACAAAACUGGGUGGCUUGCUCUUUGACGUCCUCUCACCUGGUGCUCCUUUCUAUAUCCUCGCCGCUUUCAACGGGUUUCUCCUAGUAGCCGGUAUGGUAUGUGGCUUAGCCACAGUUCGAUCAUCUAGCCUCAAACCCCAGGCAUAAGCGCUGAAAUUGUUCUAUUUGCUUGUUCCUGCUAAUGAAUGCUCACGAGAUGUAAUGCAUUGCAUACUUUGUUUUGAAACCACUAGGUGAUCCGGAUGAAUAUUGCGUGUCAGGUGGCGUAUAUGCCGCUCAAACUCUUAACUGAAAAUCUCUUCUCGUAUUGUUAUUAAGCAAAAUAUGUUCUUCUCCCCCACUAAGUAAUGGGCCUUGUACCGACUUUAUACUUCAAACUAUCCAACGCUGGGUACGUCUUCUCAGAUGUGGACAGCUUUGUAAAGCCUAAACUAAGACGGACGUUCUUGUAGACUCACAAGAAAAGUUCAUACUCAAAGCUCUAGUGUAAGAACCUAACUUAAUUCU